AUGGCCUCAACUAAGGUCCUCACGGUUGAUUCAAUCAACCCGCAAGUAAUUACUAUGCAAUAUGCAGUUCGUGGCCCAAUAGUUAUUCGAGCUGUUGAAAUAGAAAAGGAGCUUGCUAAGGGCGCUAAGAAGCCUUUCAAAAGUGUGAUUAAAGCAAACAUCGGCGAUGCUCAUGCAAUGGGACAAAAACCGAUUACUUUUAUUAGACAGGUGCUUGCUUGCAUGGCAAAUCCGUCAUUAAUGGAGAAAGGGAAUUUCCCAGCUGACGUGAUUGAGCAUUCAAAAGUAAGUGCUCCAUUAUCAUAA